AUGGCCGCAGUGGGGCUGUCAGACGCAGAAUUGCGGGCGGAACUUCUGGCUCUGGGCUACCAGCCGGGGCCUAUAACUGAUUCCACUCGCAAGCUCUACGCCAAGAAGCUCACCCGCCUGCGGGCUGAGGUGGCUGCUGGGCAGAGGAGCCGCGGUAGCCGGGCGCAACCUCAGGGCUCUUCCGGCUCCGCGAGGCCGAAGCCGGCCGCCAGUAGCAGUCCAAAAGUAACUCCUCGGCCCCGCGUCCUGGUUAGGAGAGAGAGUGAAGAUGAAGCGAGCGAGGAAGAAGAGGAGGGCGGUGGGAGUUUCCAGUCGCCUCGCAGGGACGCAGCGCCGUCGAGCGAAGUGCUGCCUCAGAGGAACCACUGGUGGACAGAGAGCGGGGUGGCUUCCCGGAGGAGCCCGCUGGCGGCAGGAGUAGGGGUGGUCCCUAGCAGCGCUUGGGCGGGAAGCGGUGGAAUAACCCCAAAGAGGACCCGGCUGGAGACGGGAGGAGGGUUGACAUUUCCUUAUCCGAGGGACACCCCAGACAGGCUCCCUUUCAGCAGCCAGUAUGGAGCGACAUCGACAGGAGGAGGAGGAGGAGGCGUGGGGCUCAGUUCUAGCAAAUGGUGGGAGAGGGAGCAGGGCACGACCCCCAGCGCCCCUUGGGGAUCAGUCAAGGGAGGAAGCAAUACAGGCUUUAGUAAUAGGGUCUAUUUGGAGACAGAAAGGGGGAUAACUCCCAGCUCCUAUUUGGGAUCAGGGAGAGAGGGGCUAAGCUAUAGGACCCCAUGGACAGUGGAGAAAGAAGCAGGGCUGUCUUCCAGAAGUUCCCAGACUCAUGGGAGUACAGGAAGAGAAUUAAGCCACAGUGCCCGUUGGGAUGGCACACAUAAAAAUGUAGGCUUGAGAUCCAAAACUCAGGGCACAGGAAGAAAGAACAGGGGCCUGGAAUUUUAUCUUUCCUGGUUCUUGUGGCUGGCAACCUUAGGGCUGUUGGUAACUUUCCUGGGCAUCCUUUGGGUGAAGAUGAUGGGAUCUGCCCGACUUCAAGGGCCCGAAGACUUGAAGCUGUUACCCAUGGAUUGUUCAGAAAGGACAAAUGAUUUCUGUCAAGCAAAACAAGAAGAAAGAAUAAUGAGUACACUAUAUGAGUUAUAUAAUUACCUUGCAAUACAAGCUGGCAAAUUUGAGUGUGGAAAUACUGAGAAUCUAGAAAGUAAAUGCAUUCAAGUUGAAGAAGCAAAAGAGUAUAUAGAGAAUGUGACUGGCACCUCUGCAGAGAAGUUUAAGGAUGCCUUGCAGUGGUUACUGGACAAUCAGAAAGAUUCAGGUAUAUGGUUACAAGGUGGUGAUCCUUCAGAAGAAGUUACUUCUGUGGACCAGGUGGUUUGUCUUGAGUCUACACGUCCUCGAAUGAGUUUAGGAUGCCGUUUCCACCGAGCGCUAUGCACAGCCAUUACAAACCUAUUUAUAUUCUUUUGGAGUUUAGCUUUCCUUUGGGGGGUUUUGAUUCUCCUGAAGUAUUACUGGCGGAGAAGAGAAGAGGAGGAGCGGGCCAUGUAUAAAAUGGUGCAGAAAAUCAUAGCUGCCGUCCAGAAUCACUACAAAGAGUGGGAGCAGAAUUUGGAACGGUACCCCUAUGUAGGCAUCCUGCACAUCAGAGACACACUCAUCCCACCGCAGGACAGGAAAAUAAUGAAGCGAAUUUGGGACCGAGCAGUGGAUUUCCUAGCUUCAAAUGAAUCACGGAUUCAGACAGAGUCACAUAGAGUCGCAGGAGAGGAUAUGCUGGUAUGGCGUUGGACACAGCCUUCUUACCUCUCUGAUUCAGAGCACUAGCCCCGAAGAAAGGCCAAACCAGCAUUACAACACUGUGCAGGGGUUAUGUGCCCCCUUCUAGGUAGGGGAAGUGCUGCCUCUACUCAGGUGUGCCCUUUGACACCAUUGUUUAUGCGUACAAGAGGGAAGAGUGACUGUUCAAGGCAAUCAUUUGUCAGUAGUGACUGUAAGCUGGAUAUACAGAUGCACACCAAAGCUACCUUUUCUGGCAUGUAUUUGGCUUCCCUAGAACAGCCCUCUAGGGGAAAAAUUUGUCCAGUUGGAAGAUGCCAUAGGUAGUUUUACCCUGUGUUUGGGUGGGGAAACUGACUUGCCACUUGGAUCAUCAGUGCUAAAACUAGUACGAGGUAUUUUAAAGAGAACAAGCUGCUCUUUAUUACAGAACUGUCAUGGGUGGAGACUGAGGUGUGUAAGAUGUGUACGCUUACCGGUAGGCCCAGAAUUGCCUUGCUUGUAGGGUGAUAGGUGGGACUGAGAGGGUAUGUUCCAUGUGCCUUUUGUAGACAGGUUGGGAAAGUGGGAGGGGCUUGUAGCGAUUUGCAGUCUGUGCUUUUUUCCUCUUAGGAGGUGGUGGAAUGCUGUCAGCUCAGAGAAAACACCUGAAAACAUUCUUGUAAAAAUCGUAGAAAGCCUGCAGUAAAUAAUAAAAAAAAGACUUGAAAAAAUGGCUUGUGGGAGAACCCCCGAAAGCAACAGCCAUAAUCUGUGUCAUGUAGUCCAUAUGUGUUACUCUAGAGAACAAAUUGGGGUGGCUGCAGUGUUGAAUACAAAAAUGUCAUAGAAAUCGAGAGUUUGGGCAGCACUGCAAUGAGUGGAACGCUGCACUCUAGCAAUACUGUAACCUCUUUUGUGCAUAUACCAUGUUGACUGCCCCAACAGUUAAGUGUAUGUUCAUUUAUUUUAAGAAAAAAUAUUGCACCAGAAUGCCAUGUACCCUUUGUUGUAAUAUCAUUCAAGUACAUGUCAUUCCAGUACCUACUCUGGGCUUGCACCAGCCCAUGGUGAACUUAGCCCUCUAUCCAGUGGGUGUUGUGGGCAGGGUAUAUAUGAAUUUAUAGUAAUGUAUGCACUUAAGAGCCUCUGGAGGCAAAUUGGGUUGAGGCUUUAUGCGGCUUCUGGCUUUGAAGAAGCACAUUUAUUUACAAGCAGAAGUGGCCCAAACUUGAAGCUUGCCCUUCUGCUCCCCCUACUGGCCAUACCUAAAAAUUGAAGGGUUGGAGUUUUUCAUCUAGGUGUCCUUCGAGGCUGUCUCAGCGGCAUGCAGCAAUUCAUUCUAUGCCUCCUGCUGAUUCAUCAGCCAGAAUCGGUACAAAGAAAAGCAGCCUCCAAAAACAAAGCACCAGGAGGUCUUAUUGGUUAAGUAGAAGAAAAUCUUGUUUUCAAUUGAAUUUUAUCCCCACAUGUUGCCAUCUGUAGAGUAGGCAGUAUAUUAGAGGAGAAGAUUUUAACAGAUGUCUCCAUGGCAUUAGCCAUCAUUUUACACAUACUCUCCUUAUUGAUCAAAGCGGAUAAUCAAGUGAAGGAAAGCCCUGGUGUUUAAUGUGUUCUUAAUUUCUGCUGAUGUUUGAAAAAAUUUCCACAGUGCCUGCAUUCCUAGGGCUUUAAAACAUUUGUGGGUAUUUUUUACCAUCUGACACAAGAGGAGAUGCCAAACAUGACUAUUUUGUACAGUCGUUUAAACUGUUUGUUGGUUUUUUAUGUAGAUGGGCUGGUGCUAUUUAUUUUACACUCGUCUCUGUACAUUUAUCUUGCAAAAUAAAAGUUUGUACAAACUGGACUGGCUAGCAUUAGGAACUGGCACCCUCUCUGACAAGGGCAAACAUAAGCUGCUUAAUCCUAUGGAUGCUUAUGCUGAAACACUGCUGAGCUCCAUACUGAAUAUGACAAGAGACAGUAAUGCUUCCAAAAAAAAAACACAAUCAAAGGCCCAGAGGAUAAAGAACCCUAUACCCCAGCUUUUGGAAACAGUUAUUCAGUUAUACUGUUUAUUUUUUAAUUCUGACUUUGACGCUUGCUCAGACUAGAAAAUAUCCAAUAGUCUUUGUUUUUCCUUUGUGGGUAAGAGUGGUUUGAAAGAAGGUUCACUGUUAUGAUGUAUAAACUUAUUCCCCACCUCCUUUUCCUCUGGUAAGCUUUCAUAUUGUGUUAAAGAUCAAUGCAACCUGUGCAGUGAAAGAAAUGUGUGGGAUUCAAGG